UAAGAUGAUCUGCGAGAACGGAAUAUGAAUUUCCUUUUAUGAACACAGGUUUUCACCGAGCGAUGCGCGAUAAACAUAAACACUCUUUAAAAAACGUAAAUACACUUUACGAUCUCAGAAAAAUGAAGACAUUUAUCGCCUAAUGACACACGCGAGCGAACUUGGAAAAUUAAAUUGUGCGAGAAAUUUUUCUCACUUCCCGACGAAAAUACGAACUACAUGAGCCGCGUUGUAUAUUGACAGGUUACGUUUUUGCCGUGGAAAAGAAGAAAGAGAAAACUCGAGUCUUUCUGCACGUUCAGAAUGACUUUGCCAGGUAUUGGUGUAUUUGGCACGGGGAGUAUCGUAAGAAUUAUCAUACCCUUUCUGAGAGAGAAGGGUUUCAAAAUUGAAGCUAUAUGGGGUCGCACACUGGCGGAAGUCUCCAAAGUGGCGAGCGAUCUCGAAAUACCUUUUCACACCAGUCGCAUCGACGACGUUCUUCUGAGGAAGGACGUGGAUCUGAUCUUCAUAAUGUGUUCGCCGAGCUUACAUUCGCAGAUCGCUGUCAAAGCGCUAGGUAUAGGCAAGCACGUUGUGUGCGACAAACCCGCGGGCUUGAGCCAAAGAGAGGCCUUGAAGAUGGUACGAGCUGCGCAGUAUUACCCCUCGCUGAUCAGCAUAGUCAAUCACAGUCUGAGGUUUCUGCCAGCUUUCGUGCACAUGAAGAAGGCGCUCGAAGAUAAUUAUCUAGGUGGGCCGGUAACAGUUAUCGAAGUACGGGUACACAUGGGAAGUUUGUUGCACAACGGUUACGACUGGUUGUGCGAUGAUACAAUGGGUGGAGGAAUUUUAGCACUGGUGGGCAGUCAUGUCAUAGACUUGAUUUUCCAUUUGAUGGGACAACGAGCUGCGAGGGUGCACGCCGUAGUGAGAACAUUUACUCAAACGACCAAGCACAUCAAUGGUAUCAGGCAUGUCACAUCGCCGGAUUUCUGUAGUUUUCAAAUGGAGUUGAGCAACGGGACCUUGGUGACGGCCACUCUGAGCAAUCACCUGCAGGGACAGCUGUCCCAGGAAGUAUUGAUAUGCGGCGGUGGGAAUCACUUGGUUGUGCGUGGCGGAGACUUGUCCGGGUGUCGCAACGGACAGGAAGAAAUCCUGUAUCAAGAUCCAGAUGACUUGCAAGGAAUAUCCCUGUCCCUCGCCGACUCCAUUCCGAAGCCUUAUAUCAAGGGACUCAGAAAGAUGAUCGCCGCUUUGAGAGAGGCCUUUCAGUCGGUGGAAGAUAAGAGAGGUUGGAUCAAGGAACCGGUGUUCUCCGCUUCCACAUUCGAGGACGGCCUGUACGUACAGGCGGUUAUCGACGCGUUGCGUCAAAGCAAUAAACAGCGUGAAUGGGUCAAAGUUAACAUUCUGACGGAAGAACCAGAUCCGAAUCCAUUGCUGAGCGCCGCUGUCAGAGCUACUGCGAUUUCGAUAUAAAAGAACGUUUGCUCCAUGCAAACCGAUUAUUGCUUACUGACAAAAGAUCUGCUGAUUCUGUUAUAUACUCGAGAAGAGUUUUUUUUAUACACAAAGCAGUUGUGAGCAAUAUUUUUUAGGCAACUCUCGUAGUAGAUUUUUUUUUAUCUGUCAUUUAAGUAACUUAUGAUGUAUAUUUAUAUUAUAUUUAUAUUAGCACUUA